UUCUCGAAAAUUGUGCAAAUGCCAAAAUGGGUUGUUAAAGCUUCACGUGUCUCCUUUGCCGCAUGCACAAUCCUAUCUUCUUCCUCUUAUCUCAUCUCAUCUAGUUUUGUUUUGUCCCACUUGUUUCGAUAAACUCAAGCAAAUCUUCAAGAGACACUCAAGUCUUUUAAACAUUAACUGAAGAUCUUGAAUCUUCUUGUAGGCGUUUCUAAGAUUCUCUACACCCCCUCAAAGUCAUGGCCUCGUCUGCGGUACUUAGCAAGAAGCAGUUUAAGAGGUCUGUGACCAAGAAAUCACACUCAUGGUGGUGGGACAGUCACAAUUGUCCCAAGAACUCAAAGUGGCUUGCAGAGAAUCUUGAGAAGAUGGAUGACCGUGUGAAGCACAUGUUAAAGUUGAUUGAAGAAGACGCAGACUCUUUUGCCAAGAAAGCUCAGAUGUAUUACCAGAAGCGUCCCGAGUUAAUCCACCUUGUGGAGGAGUUUUACCGCAUGUACCGCGCUUUGGCUGAGCGUUAUGAUCAAGCUAGUGGUGAACUUCAGAAAAACCAUCCCUCUGGGAUACACUCACAGGGCUCUCUUGACCAAUCAUCUCCUACCUCGAGUCGCCGUCUUAAGGAAGAGGAAGAUUCAUCAUCUUUGACUGAUUCUGGUUCUGAUUCUGACUCGGCUCAUGAUCAUUCCUCUGCUAGUGAUGAAGAUGGUGACGAGGCACUGAUCCGUAGGAUGGCUGAUCUAGAGCUUGAUCUUCAAGAAACAAAACAGAAGCUCCUUCUCCAGCAAGAAAAUGUCAACAACACUGAUCUCCUUCACAAGAUUACUGUAUAUGAAGGAGAGCUUAGAGAAGCUAAUGAAAAGAUUCAGAUGCAAGAAGAAGAGAUUACUAAUCUGAAGGUUGAGCUUCAGAGCUGCAUGUCCUCUAGAGCAGAAACUCAAGAGAGACUUGAUUUGGAUAAAGAUGAAAAGGUGCAUGCCUUGGAGGAAGAGCUGAGUAUCUCGAAAGAGGAGCUUCAGAGAGUACAGCAUGAGCUCAAGUUGGCUCAAAAGGACGCUGAUACUCUCGGAAACAAGCUCAACGCAGAGAAGAAAGAAGUCUCGAAGUUGGUCGAGAGACUUGCAAUGGUGAAAACUAGUUUACAGGACAGAGAUAACGAGGUAAGGUCGCUGAAGACAGCAGUCUCUGACGCUGAAGAGAAGAUAUUCCCAGAGAAAGCACAGAUCAAGGGAGAGAUGUCAAAGCUCGUUGAAGAACGAAGCCAGCUUGGAGAGCAAUUGAGAGAGCUGGAAUCACAUAUAAGGCUGAUCAGGGAAGAGAAAGCUGGGAUAGAGGAGAAGCUUAAAGGAGAAUCCGAGAAGAUGAGUGUGAUGAGAGAUGAGAUUGGGAAGAGAGAAGAGAAGAUAAAGGAAAUGGAAAAGCAUAUGAAGGAGCUUCACAUGGAGCACGUGAGGCUAAGAAGACGGUCGAGUGAGCUUGCAGAAGAAGUUGAGAGGACGAGAGUGGCUGCAUCUGACGUGGCUGAGCAGAAAAGAGAAGCCAUAAGACAAUUAUGUAUGUCUCUUGAGUACUAUAAAGAAGGGUAUGAGAGGCUUUGGAAUGCUGUUUCAGGACAUAAGAGAGGAGUGCUCUUAGCAUCGUGACGUUUGCCUAUUAAGUGUAUUUCGAGGUUAAUGACUUUGUGUCCUGUGUUACUGUGUGUGUUGGACUUGCAUGUUUUUUGAAGGUUGAAGAUAAAUAAUGUAUGUUUGAUAUUAAUUAAUAUCAAUGCUAAUAGUAUCAUCUCAUA